UGCUUCACCAGAGAAGUUCCUCCAGCGGUUUUAAUGAAUGUGGAGCGUGUGAUACAGAGGUGGAGCUCGGUCCGUCUGCCGAUGUGUCGCAGUCAGCAGCAUUGAGCACAAUACCGACACAUACAAUCAGAGCCAGAACACGGGCGUCUUGCUUCUGUCUGAACAAUGGAGCUCUUCAGAGCAGUCCUGCGCGGUUACGCUCUCUUGCUCUGCCCAGAUCACGCCGAGACAUUAAACAUCACGGCGGCAGAGCGUUUAGUCAGCUGAAGCCGUUCCCUCUCUCUCGCUUUCUACAGGAGAUGGAGAAGAGGAGGAGGGUGGAGGAGGCGUAUAAAUCGGCCCUGUCCGAGCUGAAGAAGAAGUCUCAUUUUGGAGGGCCGGAUUACGAGGAGGGUCCAAACAGCCUGAUCAAUGAAGACGAGUUCUUUGACGCUGUGGAGGCCGCUCUGGACCGGCAGGACAAAAUAGAAGAACAGACUCAGUGUGAGAAGAGCAGGAUACAGAGGAGCAGUUCAGUGCCUUCAGGAGACAUCUUCUCCAGCGUCGGCUCUCACCGGUUCGCCGAGAAGCCCCCCUCUCGUCCUUCCUCUCCCUCGUCUUCUGCUGUAGCCUUCGCUCCUUCGCUCCACGAGCACAGAUUCAGUGCUGAGGUGGAGGAGAUGGUUCAGAAUCACAUGACCUACUCGCUGCAGGACGUGGGCGGAGACGCUAACUGGCAGCUGGUGGUGGAAGAGGGAGAGAUGAAGGUGUACCGGCGCGAGGUGGAGGAGAAUGGGAUCGUGCUGGACCCUCUGAAGGCCACACACUCUGUCAAAGGGGUCACGGGUCACGAGGUGUGCCACUACUUCUGGGACACGGAUGUCCGUAACGACUGGGAGACUACUGUGGAAAACUUCAACAUUGUGGAAACGCUGUCCGAUAACGCCGUCAUCAUCUACCAGACUCACAAGAGAGUGUGGCCGGCGUCCCAGAGAGACGUCUUGUACCUGUCUGCCAUCCGGAAGAUUCUAGCCAAUAACGAGAACGAUCCAGACACGUGGCUCGUCUGCAACUUCUCGGUCGAGCACGAGAAUGCCCAGCCAAACAACAGAUGCGUUCGUGCUAAAAUCAACAUUGCGAUGAUCUGCCAGACGCUGGUCAGUCCACCAGAGGGAGACAAGGAGAUCAGCAGAGACAACAUCCUGUGCAAAAUCACAUACGUGGCCAACGUGAAUCCUGGCGGCUGGGCCCCUGCGUCCGUCCUGAGGGCCGUCGCUAAGAGAGAAUAUCCCAAAUUCCUCAAACGCUUCACUUCCUACGUCCAGGAGAAGACCGCUGGAAAGCCCAUCCUCUUCUGAGCAGGUAC